GUGUGGAUGGAGGGUUCACCCAAAUUGUGGUUUUCAUUCGCUCUCCGGAUCUGACCUGAUUUUCUCUCUCUAGGGAGGUGGAAUAGAAUAGAAUAGGGUUUGAUUGAGGAAGAAGAAGAAGAAGAAGAAGAAGAAGAAGAAGAAGAAGGGAGGUGUGGUUUGGAUUGGAGGCAUUAUUGGUGUGUGUUGGGGUUGAGGGAGGAAUUGUGAAUGGAAGGGAGGAGUCAAAGAGGGGGAGAUUGGGGAAGGGGAUGCUGUAUUUGAAGCAGCCAAAGUGGGUGAAUGGGGUCAUAGGGGCCUAAAUCAGCUCCUCUUUGCAUGCCCUUCUGAUUCUGUUCCCGAGCCUAAGGCUCGGGAUCUGGAACCCCACCCCUCCAAUCAUGGCUUCUGAGAACGAGUCUCCCCGUCAGCAACCCCGUCCCUCCCACGCUUGUAUGCAGAAAUUCAGACUCUACGAGACUCAUUCUAAAUUUUAUAUGAUCGGGAGGGACAAGACUAGAACAUAUUGGAGAGUGCUAAAGAUUGACAGGUUGGACCCCUCUGAGCUAAACAUACGUGAGGAUUCUACGACAUACACAGAAAGUGAAUGCUCUGAUCUUUUGAGACGGAUAAACGAAGGAAACAGGUCCACUGGUGGACUUAGAUUUGUCACUACUUGUUAUGGAAUUGUUGGCUUCAUUAAAUUUUUGGGUCCAUAUUACAUGCUGCUUAUCACAGAAAGAAGGCAAAUUGGUGUGAUCUGUGGCCACACGGUAUAUGCUGUCUCCAAGAGUGAGAUGAUUCCACUUCCAAAUCCUGAUGUUCAGACCAAUAUGGCUUAUUCUAUGAAUGAGAACAGAUACAAGAAGCUCCUAUGCAUGGUGGAUCUUACAAAGGAUUUCUUUUUCAGCUACUCAUACCAUGUUAUGCGUAGUCUUCAAAGGAACUUGUGUGAUAAUGAGACAGGGCAGGUCCUUUAUGAAACUAUGUUUGUCUGGAAUGAAUUCUUAACUCGGGGAAUACGGAAUCACCUCCAGAAUACAGUUUGGACAGUUGCAUUGGUUUAUGGAUUUUUCAAGCAGGCCAAAUUUUCUAUCUCUGGACGGGACUUUAAACUCACCCUCAUUGCUAGGCGUUCACGGCAUUAUGCUGGCACCAGGUAUUUGAAAAGAGGUGUAAAUGAGAAAGGCAGAGUAGCUAAUGAUGUUGAGACAGAACAGAUUGUGUUUGAGGAUGUCCCUGAAGGGUCUCCCAUUCAAAUUAGUUCUAUUGUCCAGAACCGUGGGUCAAUCCCUCUCUUUUGGUCACAGGAAACGUCACGCUUGAAUAUUAAACCUGAUAUUAUAUUGUCAAAGAAGGAUCAAAAUUAUGAAGCCACCAGACUUCACUUUGAAAAUCUUGUCAAGAGAUAUGGCAACCCUAUAAUCAUUUUGAACUUGAUUAAGACACAUGAGAAGAGGCCUCGAGAGUCCAUUCUUCGUGCUGAGUUUGCUAAUGCAAUUGAAUAUAUUAAUAAAGAUUUAUCAGAGGAAAACCGCCUCAAGUUCCUUCAUUGGGAUCUACACAGACAUUCUCGGAGCAAAGCUACAAAUGUUUUGCUACUUCUGGGAAGAGUGGCCUCAUAUGCGUUGACGUUAACGGGUUUCUUUUAUUGUCAAGUGACACCUGACUUGAAACCUGAGAAUUGUUUGAAAGGGCCUCAACUCGAGAACUCUGAUAUGAGCGACUUAUCUCUCCAUGAAAAUUGUGAGAGUCACAACGAGGAUGAUGAUAAUUUAGAGAGGAAAUUUAGUGGAGGUAACAAUAUUGCUAAUGGAAAUCAUUCUGUCAAGCCACCAAUGCUCCAAAAGGGGGUGCUCAGGACCAAUUGCAUAGACUGCCUGGAUCGGACUAAUGUUGCACAGUAUGCAUAUGGCCUGGCAGCUCUUGGUCGCCAGCUUCAUGCUUUAGGUGUUAUAGAUGUCCCAAAAAUAGAUCUUGAUGCUCCUUUAGCUGAUGAUUUAAUGGGGUUUUAUGAAAGAAUGGGUGACACACUUGCACACCAAUAUGGUGGCUCAGCUGCUCAUAACAAGAUAUUCUCUGAGAGAAGGGGUCAGUGGAAAGCAGCAACUCAGUCCCAGGAAUUCUUCAGAACUCUUCAGCGGUACUACAGCAAUGCGUACAUGGAUGCAGAGAAACAAGCUGCAAUUAAUGUAUUCCUGGGGCACUUCCAGCCACAACAGGGUAAACCUGCAUUGUGGGAGCUAAAUUCUGACCAACUUUACAAUACAGGGAGGAAUGGACAAACAAAUAUAGAUGAAAAUGGAAGGUCAUUUUUCAAAAGAUGUUAUUCAGAUGGAAACAUACUUUGUGAAAGCAGCUCACCUGCCCAAGAAACAAAUGUCAACCAGGAGAAACUUUCUAACUCAGUUUUGCCUAAUCGAUCACAAGGGGGAAGCAAGGUUCUUUCAGAGUCAUCACCGGAAAUUUCAACUUCCGAAAGUGAUAUGGCAUUGGCAAGGUAUACUCCCUCAAUGCCUCGCAGGCAGCUUUUUGUAGACAUGCAACGAGACCGGAGCCUUGAAGAUCAUAGUUACAAUAGUGAACAUGGGGAUUUGUAUAACUGCUCAAACUUUGUUGAUCUAGACUGGCUGUCUUCCUCUGGAAAUUCAUGCGAGGAGGAGCCAUAUGACAGGUCAAUGCUUAUGAACUCUCCAGUUUCUGGGCAGUCAUCAGAGAAUGUUGUCAAUGGAAUAAUGGGAGAAACAACCCCAUGCACAAGUCAAUACGGAUCCAGCAUGAGGGGGAAGGAGCGGAGCGGAACAGAGCUAUCAUCUGAUAUUGAGCAGAAUGCAGAGGUUCUUGAGGAAUUUUCUGAUAGUUUUGUUCACUGGGUAAACAAUGGAGAGACACUUUGUUUUUGAAGAUAGGUAAGCUUCCCCUGAAUCAAAUAUGAAAUCAACCCCAUAUUUUGACUCAACCUGCUCCCAAGUACGCCAUGAAACUGGAGAAAGGGAAUAUAGAGCAUCCACACAGCAGUGUAAACAAGGAGCAGUGCUGCCGACAUUCUUUUGUAAGAUAUUUUCCCAAGAAAACCGUCCCCCUACCUGGCCCUCAUGCGCAGACAUACCGAAUUUAUUGGAUCGUAAAAACCCCCCAAUCAAUCCCCCCUCAAUCGGAGCCUGAUACUGAAGUACAAAAAGAGUAAAUAGCCAACAGUAAAAAUUCUUUUUGGAGCUCUUUCUUUUUUUCAUCUUUUCUAUUCCUAUUUGGCCCCUUUUUUCCUCUACUAGGUUAUGGAUUCCAUGUGUUAUGAUAUUGUAAAUAUAUACACUGCUUGUGAGAGCUCCACUGUUAGAAUCCGUAGGCAAUUGAUUCUUUCUCUUUUUUAAUCUGUGGUAUGUGGUGAUAUAAACAAGGCAAAUAAUUUUAUAUGGGGGAAAUCCUACUGAUCAAUUGGACCCGUAA